UAACUGUUAAACAAUAUUGAACCCCUAUAUCCACAGAAGUGUAAUUAGAUACCUAUAACUUUACCCAAUACAGCAUUUUAGAACGUUUUUGAUUUCAUUGACAUGAAAAAGGUUUUUUACUUAAAAACAUUUGAGAAUGUCAAAUUAAUGACUUUAUUAGAAACUAUUAUUGAAUUUUGCUUACCUAUUUAUUUUAUAUGAGUAUAAAAAUAUGAUUAUAUGAAUUUAUAUAAAACUACAAAAUAAUAAAUAAAAUCUUAUGGUUUCCAGCACAAUGUGUGUUAAAAAUAUUGAUCGUGUGUGCUUUGACUUUUCAUGUUUGUUUGUGAUGAACAAUGUUAGAAAGCUCUUUUCCUGUUGAAAUCGAAAACCAGGAUAUGAAGAAUGCGCUAUUUUCAAUAGCUUUAGAGCUGAAAAGAUUGUGUAAACCGCAGGAUACUGAAAUAUUCACCACGAGUCGUGAGGUAAACAGUGAUGACAUAGAUAAUAUGAUCAUGGUCAAAUCGCAAUUAUCUAUGAAGAAUAAAGAAAUGAAAAAACUACGAAAAAAUAUGAAAAUGGCAUGCGUUGUGGCUAAUGCAGUUAUAUCAGCAAAAGAAGAUGAAACUGCAUACUUGACUAAACACAUCGAACAAUCCAGAGACCAGUGCCAAUGUCUUCUACGAAAAAAUAUAUACAAUGCCAAAGUUAUCGAAGACCUUAAGUCUGAAGGUCAAAAUCUAAGAGAUGAGAAAGAAGUUAUUGAAAUGUAUAUAAACCUAGGGUAUGAACAGUUACAGAAAAUGCGUAACUUACCUUAUAAAGAGAUACCCAUUACGCAAAUGUUAAAAGAGAUUAUUGUUUCUUGCGGAGAAUAUUACUCAGAUUAUGAUAAUGAACGUUCAAAAAUAAUAAACCUUGAACGUAGAAAUAAAUUCCUUAGUACUCACAUUAGCGUGUUAAAAAACUCGAAUAAAGCACUCACUGAGGAACUGGUCUCCCUGCGAACACAGAACAUGAAACUAAAUUCUGAAAUUCAAACAAAUAAACUAAAUAGUUCGAAUGCAACGGGUGUACAAGACUUCGAUAAUCGCUCUGCAUUAUAUACUUUUGAUAGCAAGAAGAGCACGUUAUCAUCCGACGAUCAAAACUGUAAUGAUAAAUCUACAAAUCUUAAUUUUAAUUCGCAUUUAACAACAAUCAAAAAACUACUCUAUGAUCAAGAUGAUAUGUUAAAAUCUUUGAGGAAAAUUUCCGAAGAACUUACUCUUCAAGAACAUUAAUUGCAUAUUGAAUUGAAUAAAAGUUUUAAAAUUUUC